CCCCAACUGUCCGCUCACGGCAAACCCUAGACUUCACUGUCCCGGAAAAAACCAGAGAGAGAGAGAGAUGGAUGCGAUAAGGAAGCAACCGGACGUGCUGAUGGGAGCGAACAGGAACGGAGACGUAACGGAGGUCAAUCGCAAGUACUACGAUCGCUGCCGUCUCUUCUUGGUCGGCCUCUGCCCUCAUGAACUCUUCCAAUUAACUAAAAUGGAUAUGGGACCAUGUCCGAAACUGCACUCAUUGCAACUGAAGAGAGAAUAUGAAGAAGCCAAAGCAAAAGGUCUCGAUAACUAUGAUAGGGACCAGGAGGAUGUUAUAGAUAGACUUAUUGUUGAAUGUGAUAGGAAAAUCACAAGAGCUCUUAAACGUCUUGAGGAUACUAAAGCUGCUAUUGCGAUUUCUGUUUCUGAGGUUACGCAGACACCUGAGGUUCUUGAAUUAUCCAAACAGAUUAAGGAGAAGUUGAAAGAAGUUGACCAAUAUGAUCUUGAAGGAAAGACAGAUAUGAAAAUUCGAGCUUUGGUAGUGGAAGAGCUUAGAACAGAAAGAGCUGACAAACAGUCAAUGCUUCUUCUGGAUGCCUUUAACAAAGAUUGAGCUUCCUUGCCUUAGCCACUAACGAAUCUUCUACCAUUGGCACCCUUGCCUGUCAUAGCUCCUGAUGCUCGUACACAAGAAAUGAUAAAUGAGAAGCUGAAGAAAGCAGAAGAUCUUGGCGAGCAAGGAAUGGUCGAUGAAGCACAAACAGCAUUAGAAGAGGUUGAAGCACGUAGGAAGCUGGCUCCCAGAACAGAACCUGUUACUGAUUCCUCUAAGUAUACUGCUGCUGAUGUUCUAUAGACUGAUCAGAAGCUGCGCAUUUGUGGAGCAUUUUUUAGUGUUUAUGAUAGUGACCGUCAUUUAGCAGAUCAUUUUGGUGGAAAACUCCACUUGGGCUAUAUGCAAAUACAUGAGAAGUUAGCUGAGCUCCUGAGAGAAAAGAAGAAGGCAUAUGAAGAUGAGAGAAGAUCAAAAGAGCGAAGUCGAGAGCGGCACAAGGGAGCAAGCAAGGAUCGUGAUCAGAGAGAGAGCCGUGAACGGGGAAGGGAUUACGAUCGUAGGAGCAGAGAUCAUGAUAGGCAUUAUGAUCGUGAUCAACAGUAUGAUAGAGAGCAUGAGAGAGGGAGAGAUGGGUCACACACCUAUGAUUCAAGGAGCCACCGGAGGUCACGCUCAUGGUCAAGGGAACGACCCGGGGACUAUGUUUGCCACUGGUAUGCCUUGUUCUAUGCAUAUAUAUCAAUUUCUAUUGGUGCAUGAGCAUCAUCACUAUUGUUUCUAUAUGCCUCUCUGUGUUUGCAAGUUAUGAGGAACUGGGUUCUGAAUUAGAAGCCUUAGUUAUACAGACUUCUACAGUUUGGCAUGAUUAUACUGUGACUGUUUUGCAUUUGGACGUGCUUGAUCACCUUAUCAAUACAUUUAUUAAACUUAUCCUUGAGAUGGGGCCCUCCUAUUUAUGAGACUAAUUCUUGAAUUUUAUGAGAGAAAGAUAAAAUGGUUAAUUCAGAUGGUUCUAAUUUGCCCAAUUGUCUUAAUUUUUGUUACACAUAGUAGGUACUCUUAAUGUUUAGUUCCUUACCUCUGCCAUUGAGGCUUGUGCUUUUCAUCUUUGUCCUUAUUUCUUCUUCUUUAAUUCUUGGUAGCCUUUUGUUGUCAUUUUGGAAGCCAAAAAAAAUUAGAACUAAAAGAACAGGAUCUGCAAUUUUGGUGGUAUGUAAUGUUUUUUGUUUCGGUUGGGAUACUUCCAUGCUCUAGGACUUAGCAAACAUUAUGCUGUUCAAAAAAAGACUUAGCAAACAUUAUUCUGCUUUCGGAAAGUAGUGACAAAGAAACUUCUUGAGAAAUGCAACCAAGUGUGGGUAUCCAAAAGAGGCUUGCCACGUGGCACUUACCGGAGGACCCAAUAUCCCACGGGUAAGGCAAGCAAGCUCCUCCAGAUUCACGACUCCUCAUACCAUGCAAGUACUCUUGACUUCAUGGACCUUCAUAUUGGGAACUCCUCCGCGGAGUCUCCAAAAUACGACACUACGAGGCAUAUUGACAUGCUCCGCUAUGUUCGCUCUCCACACAACAAAUAAGGCUGUCAUGAGCCUGGCGACUCUCAAAGAAUCCUUGUGAUACCCAGGUCGAAAGCAGGGCAUGGGGUAAGCGGUACCCUGCUCGGGACCUACGGAGGUAUGUGGCUUGGAGGCUAGAGUGAGGGGACUGUCAUGACUCAUCUCUAUGAGGCGAGUUCCACCUUGACCGACCAUAGAGAGAGAGAGGGGCGCCGCCUACGUCCCUCGAUGUUUGCCUCAACUACCAUCAUCAUUACCACAACCAUUGUCAUUAUAACCACAACCAUGCCUAUAUCAACCACCCCUGACACCAACAGAUGGUAGAUGAUCAGCUUAGCUGCCUCUCCAUGGCCUACCCAUCCCUCUGAGCUCUCUAUCCUCUGGCAAGCCUAUCCCUCUGGAUUGCCAUCUGUGAGGCACCACCAAGAGAUAGAUGACAUCCAAUACGGCACAUACAAUACCUACAGAUACAGAGUCCUAACUCUUUGGUUGACCAAUCUAUCCACUGCCAUCCUCUCUCUCAACGGCCGCCCCAAGCUUUCUCCUCCACCUUCGGUGGUCCCGAGCACUGUUGUAGAGACCGCCAAAUACCUGGAGGGCGACCUCAAGUACUCUUCCCACCACUAUGUACUGUUGUAGCGACCGCCAUAUACCUGAAGGGCAACCUCAAGUACUCUUCCCACCAUUAUACUCUGCUGGGGAAAAGUGGUGCUCACUAUAAUGCCUCCAAAGAAAGUAGGAGUUCAAGGACAAACUGGUGUAAAAGUGACAAAAGCUUCAUCUGGGCCUGUCUUAGAGGAGAUACAACCCAUUCCACAGACCGCCAUCAUUGAGCAGCUACGUUCGGCAACUGAAACUCUCGCCACGAUGCAACAAACGCAAACUCUCUUAAUGGAGACUUUGCUCACGCUACAGAAGAAGGCCUCCGAUCCGUCGGCACCUCAGGUGGACGCAGAGGGAUCCCAUCCCUUUGUUCACAAAUUGAAAUCCUCGAAAAACAAGCUGCACAACCUCUCUUGGCAAAAGAGAAACCCCUUUCCUCCUCCUAUUGGCACAUAGCACCAAACACCUUCUGCCAUGGAGUUUGGCUAGCUAAAGCGUCCCUCCUUCCAAAAUAAGACGAGCCCGACCCCUAUCACCUUGGAGUUGGUUCGAGAACUCAUCCAAUCAAAAAAGACCCCCUCCCUUCCACUCCAGACAUUGGCGCUAGUCCUCUGUAUCCUUUGGUGGUUGCGAGUAUGCCUUACCAGGCUAGGUAUACGGUCCCUAAGUUCAUCCGUUUUGACGGAAGGAAGGGAAACACAAAAGAGCACGUCAUUCGUUUUAUGGAUAGCCUCGGCAUCCAUAGUGGUGAUCGUAAUUUGAGGUUACGAGAGUUCUCCAAGUCCUCGCAUUUGUACUUGCAUUUUACAUGUUUGAGGAAAUGUCCGUAAGACUUGUGUAUGGAGCCCAUCUUGCAACUUCUAUUAGAUUUUGAUAAAUGAGUUGAUUUCAUUAGUGGAUCAAGCAUUAAUUAAUAUGUCAUCAAUAUCGUGUAAAAUUUGGGUCUAAUGGACAAUGCUUGGUAACUGUUUGAUAAAACUCAAGAAUGAAAUUUAUUGCUUCUUCCUUCCCCGCCCGCUCACAAACAUUCUUAAGAGUUUGUGCUUGACUGGCCAAUCAAAAUUUUAAUUCCAAAAACAAUGUGAUUAUGUAUUCGAACCGUGCUGGAAGGAGGACCGUGCACUAACUUUAGGAUUACCUUGCUGUUUUAAGAAAAAAUAGUGCCAUGACAUUUCCUCAAUGUUUGGGAAUUAGUUUAGGAGAACACUGGUAAAUCUCAACGGUGGAACCCGUGCCAAAAAUUCUGUCAUCUUAUCAAUAUUUUGCUUUCCUAAUAUAUCCAAUCAGCAUUUAUUUUUGUAACACUCUUAUUGUUUUUGUUUUAGAAGACUAUUUAGCAAAACAGGAAAAUAACCGACAACCACCCAUCAAGAACCGCUAGACCCAUUAUCUGUAGUUGUUCUACUUGUUUUGCAACUAUGAACUUGGAUUGUUGUUCCUGAAUCUUUCUAAAGAAAUUUCCCCCAUUUUAUUUGGUCCAUCCUACUUUUUUGAUUAAACCUUUUUUAUUUGCAAAUCCUAAAUACUUUUAAAAGCAAAUAUUCCCGUAUUUGGCUUGUUCCUUUUGAUCCUACAAUCAAUAUCCAAUUUUGUUGGUAUAUGCCAAUAGAGAGGAGUCAUAUCUAUUGGACGACUUGGAUAUGCAAGAUGAGGGCCGAUACCAGAAAACAUAGUGUGAAUAGCGGGACAAAAGUCCGAUGAUAUUAAUGUCAUAUUCUUUGUCAGUUUUGUUGGGUCCUUCAAAAUAGCUUGAUGGUUAUAUAUAUGAAUGGUUGAUUUCAUAGACAAAGGGAUUUAAUGCACUUGCUGAGCUAAUCAUUCAAAAUACAUAAUGGCAGAGGCCAUGCCAAAAGUGAUCAAAGGUAAAUUUGUUGACCUCAAAAACUAAGACAAAUUGAAUGACAUUAUUUAUGUGAUUGAGCAAACAAGCCCAUAGCCACCGCCAAUAUAUAUAGGGAGUUUAUAAAUGCAUCUGUGAAUUUACUGCAUGUAAUGUUUACUAAAUAAAGCCACAAAAUUUUAUAAGAAUUUGCUACAUACAACCCAACAAAUAAUCAAGAACUUCCAAAAUCACCCUGGGUUAUCCCUUUUAACUCUCCCCAUCCCCCUUUCCUCUCACGUCGUCAUAUUUGAACUCUAGAGUUUGAAAUUUUGGCAGCAUUUGAAGUUUUAAAAUAUGAUAUUGUCAGUAAAUUUCAAACUCAAGAGUUUGAAAUUUUAUUAUAAUUUCACGUUUUAGAAUAUGAUAUAGUGUAUAGGUUUCAAACUCUCGAAACUCUAGAGUUUGCAAACUCUAGACAAUAUGGAGAAGUGAUAAGUUUCAAACUCUAGAGUUUGCAAAUUUAGCAUAAUUUCAAAUUUUAGAAUCUGAAAAUAUCAGGACAGAACCGGUUUAAACAUGGAGGAGUGAUUAUUGUCUACAAUAUUCAAACUCUAGAGUUUGAAAUGUUGGCAUAAUUUCAAGUUUUGUAAUCUGACAAUGUCGGGCCAGAACCAUUUAAAAAUGGAGGACUAAUUAUUAUCUACAAUUUUCAAACUCUAGAGUUUGAAAUUUUGUCUGAAUUUCGAGUUUUAAAAUAUGAUAUUGUCGUCAAUUUUCAAACUCUAGAGUUUGAAAUUUUGGCAUAAUUUCAAGUUUUAGAAUCUGACAAUGUCGGGACAAAACCAGAUUAAAAAUGGAGGAGUGAUGAGUUACUUGUUGCUGUGAUUUCGGCUCUAAAACUACAACAUCCAUGGCUACAUCUUCCUUGUCAACUUCCAUUUCCAUUGCACAGCCUUCUAAUCCCCAAUCAAAAUGCACAUUGCUCUCAUAUGUUGGGUCAAAGACUUUUUCUCUACCAAUGGAGGGAGAAGAAACAAUGAAGGUUUCCAUUGAGAGUUAGGAGGUGUGAGGUGAGAGUUUGGAGGCAAAUGUGGACUGGGUUUAUGGUGGGAGGUGGGAGCUCCUGGAAUGGUGGUGGUGAACCUGGAACAGAAGUAGGAAGAUGAAACCUGGAAGAAGAAAAUGGAAUUGAAAAUAUGGAGGGAAAUGUGGGUUAUGGGAUAUAUGUUUUAGAUGUGGUUAUAUGUUUGUGGUUGUAUGUAAUAAAAGUAGGGGUAUUUUUGUCCAUUUUUGUAAGGGCAUUUUUGUCCGAAUAUUAUUUACUUAAAAACAAGUUACAUGCAGUAAAUUUGCGGUUGCAUUUAUAAACUCCCUAUAUAUAUCCACAUACCUGUAUGUUGAGGGAAAAUCCCGAGGGAAACGUUUUACCACAAUGGGUCUCUCAUUUAGUGCUUUACGAGCUUUAUCUGGAGAUGUACUUAUUUUAUUAGAAGAUCUAAUGUGGAUUGAACUCAUCAUAGACUAGGACGUGAGGACAGUACUUCUGUGAAACGAAAAAGGAAAAACUAAUCUACAUUCUAUGAUAUUUGUGUAAGUAGAAGGACAUGGAUACACACCAAUAUAUGGACAUGAAACAUUCUUAGAUGUUCCGUUUACUUUUUUUGAAAUGACUGUAUUAGGUGCAGAUUACUAACAGACAGAUGCUCUAAGGUUGGCUAGCUCAUUAGGUCUGCAUGGACUCCUUGAGCUUGAUGGUGUUUUUUUUUUUUUUGUCUGGAGACAGAAACUGCUCAGAAAUCUCUCUUAUACUCCUCUUGAUUGUUAAUUUUAGCGUUUCCAUAGUCGUAAGUCGUAACCGAUAGGACUUAG